UAGAAUGGCUUUGUCCACGGCUUCUCCCUGGCUCGCACCACAUAGGCCGCUGUUCAUUAUCACCCCCUUUGAGCCCAUGGCUGUUUUCCGCCCUCGAAGACCAUGCUCGUAUGGACAGACAUGGUUGGAACCGUAACUGAACUGAACAUCAUAGGCACUGAUUUGAGCUCUUUGUGUGCUAAAGACUACUAAUACUACCUAUCUACCAGCGCCGGCUAGAUCUCUUGCUUGGGACGAUCGUCACUCGCAACGGAACCCCGUCUAGACGUCCAUCUACAACGACUCACUCAACCCAGCUCACUCACACAGAACAAAGCGCAACCCCAAACCAAAAUGGCACUAGACCUGAACGCCGACAUCCUCGGGACCCUCGACCGCUCAGCUCUCCUCGAGUUCGCCGCCUUCCUCCGCAUCGCCCUUCCUCCUCCGGCCGCGUACACCUCCCCCUCCCCCUCCCAGAGCAACACGGCCGUCCUGCCGCAAACAUGGCUCGACGCCCAGCAGUCCACCAUAACCACGCUCUCAAGCGAACUCCUCGCCCGCGGCACCGUUACUACCACCGCCAUCGCCAUGCUCUCGCACUCAUUCACCAGACUCUUCCGCUCCAACCACCACCACCACCACCACCACCACAGCCACCUUUCUUCUUCCCCGAUCUUGGGCGGGAUGAAGUUAUGUCCGGCCCACAAGAAGCUCGACGCCGACUUGCUAACCCACUGUUUCGCACUCCUCGCGGCCGAGGUCUCGGUUCGGUGCGACGUGCUCAAGGGGUAUCUCUCCUCCUGUCGUCGUCGUCGCCUCCACCACGCACAUUCCCACCAUCACCAGAAUUCCGAAACGGCGGCGGCGGCACAGGCGCGGAAAGAGUUGAAAAGGAUGGUGGAGGUCCUCAGCGGCGUGGCCAGCUUGUACCUCUCCUCCGAGCAGUUCGAGCGGUGUUUCGGCAGCACCAAGCCCAAGUAUACUUUCCAGAAGGUGCAGAGUGGCUGCCCGGCGUGUGUGUUGGCCGUUGUGGGGGGACGCAGGGAGGUGUUGGUUGCGCUGCGGGGGAAUAUGCUCGGCAGAGCGAAGGGCAAGGAGCCGAGGUUGUUGAGGCUUGUGGAGGCGUGGAUGGAGAUGUUUGGCGGCGGGGUGGGUGUGGAGGCCGCGAUAAGGAGGGAGAGUGAUGUGCUUGCACAAGAGGUGAGGAAUGUUCGGAGGGUGAUGCAUGAGAGGAAGGUGCAGAGAAGGGCCAGGAAGGGUAAGGAGGAGGAGGACGGGGGCAAGAGUAGGCACCGCGGUGGCAUGCCGGCGGGCGCGAAGGUGGUUGAUGGCGUGCCCAUGCCCCAGGUCAAGGUGUAUGGGGAUCAUCCGCCAUCCCACAAUUAUCCCGCCUUCGGGCUGGAUGGCGCGCGACGCUCCGACGACCUUCCUGCCGCUCGCAGGGACGAAGAGACGGGCCAGUGGGAUAUUUGGCCGUCUUCCGUCUCGUCCAGUUGUUCCUCCUCCACCUCCGUCGACUCUGACGCCGAACUCAACGCAAAUCGGGAGUUCCUCCCCGCCCGCAGGCACUGGCCUCAAACUCACCGCACCACCACCCAACGGAAUGCGAGCCGCCGCGAGAGCGAGAGCAUCUACAGCACCGCUGGUGCGGGAGCCGUCGACAGGCCGAGCUCCAUCCUUCGCGACGCACCGCGCCCUAGCGAAUACACCGACGUGCGGCUGGACGAUGACGAGAGCGUGAGGAUCUUCCUGGACCAGCGCCAGUCCCAAUCUCAGUCCCGGUCGACGCGCUCCCGUCGGCAGAGCCAACAGUCGACGAGCACCGACUGGGCGGAUUUCUACUUGAACUAAAAGAAGGUGAGGUGGCGAGAUGGUAAGCUGACUUGUCUUCUGUUUAGACAUCGAGCAUAAUGCUGGUGGUACCCGAGAGGAGAGGUAAAGGAAAGACGCUCUGUUUACUUUUCACCGAGCUCUGGGUCUGUUGUUCCCGUUUCCCCCUUCUCCCCUGUCUGGUUACUCGACUGCCUCUUUUACAGAGUUCGUCUGCUACAC